GCUGUACAUGAAAUGAAAUGUAAUGGGGCGAUGCUCGUUGGGUCUCGUCGACGCCUUCAGCUCCAACGCUCGACUUGCUUCAUACCAGCUAUACUACUAGCGAUACUUGUACUCGUAAACCUUUGGAAACCUCUACCGCUACUGAAAAUCGGAUCGAAACACAAAAUCAAACGUCGUUCAGUAUACCACCACACCUGAUAUCACGACCAUGAGCAUCUCGACAUCAUCCAACUCUUCGUCCUCCCCGAACAGUCCGUCGGCACUGGGAGACUCGUUGACCUUACCCAAUUCUUUGUCCGGCGAGACCUCCCCGGCUACAUCCAUCCCUUCUUCUCCAGACCUAGACCUAGAUAUCAAGCCAGAGUAUGACCUAGAGAUAGAGGAGAAAGACGAUGAAGAUACCAAUGGCUUCCCAGCCAGCUUCCCAGCCGUACCGAAAUCUACCACCUACACUUCCCCCGACGAGAAGGAUGCGGGCACGCCGGAUGCGUGGUUGAAUAGAGAUCCGAGGUUGGUCAGGUUGACGGGGAAGCAUCCUUUCAAUUGUGAACCGAAAUUGAACACCUUGUUCGACCAAGGCUUCCUAACACCCUCCGAGCUAUUCUACGUGCGGAACCACGGCGCCGUACCUAAAGUCGACGAGCAGCUCGCGGCGAAUUGGAAAGUAGAGGUGACAGGGCAGGUUAAGAACCCUAUAGAGUUCUCGUUGAGGGAUCUGAAAGAGAGGUUUAAGGUGGUCACUUUGCCGGUGACGCUUGUUUGUGCGGGAAACCGCAGGAAAGAACAAAACGUCGUGAGAAAAGGCCUCGGGUUCAACUGGGGUGCCGCCGGAGUAUCCACAGCCCUCUUCACCGGGGUGUACCUAGCGGACAUACUCGAUCUAGUACAACCGAUCCCGCAUCCGGAGACGGGAGCUAGAGCGGCUCAUGUGGUCUUUGAAGGCGCUGAUGAUCUGCCUCAAGGGAGGUAUGGGACGAGUCAGUUGUUGAGCUGGGCGAGGAAUAGGGAGAGGGGGAUGUUGAUCGCCUGGGCGAUGAAUGGGGAGCCUUUGUCGCCUGAUCAUGGGUUCCCGAUCCGGCUGGUUUGCCCCGGUCAGAUCGGUGGAAGGAUGGUCAAAUGGCUCACCAAGAUCGAGAUCUCGCACCAAGAAUCGCAACAUUACCUGCAUUUCUGGGAUAACAAGGUGUUGCCGACCCAGGUUAUGCCUGAAGAGGCCCGUGCAGAGAAGAAGUGGUGGUACGAUCCUCGUUAUAUCAUCAACGAACUGAACACCAAUUCGGCCAUCGCUCAACCGGACCACGACGAGGUCGUCAACCUGGAUACGUUGGGAUCCGAUUAUACCGUCAAGGGUUACGCUUACUCUGGGGGAGGACGUCGAGUCAACCGUAUUGAAGUAUCGCUAGACGAGGGGACGACCUGGAAGUUGGCAGAGAUCUUCUACCCGGAGGACCUGUAUCGCGCAGUAGCGUAUCAGGACGAGACCUAUGGCCAUCUCGAUCUGACCGACCGGGAUACGUGCUUCUGCUGGUGUUUCUGGAGCUUCAAGAUACCAUCGUCGGACCUGAAGACUACGCCGGCGAUCAUGGUCAGGGCGAUGGAUGAAGGACUGAGCGGACAGCCGCAAGAGAUGUACUGGAAUGCGACCUCGAUGAUGAACAACUGGUGGUUCCGAGUGGCUGUCCAUCAGCAGGACGACGGCCGAAGCGUCCGCUUCGAACACCCUACGCUGGCCGGAGUGCACGCAGGAGGAUGGAUGGAACGUCUAAAAGACGAAGGGCAAGACAUUUUGAAACCGGUGUUUGGCAAGAAACCCGACGCUCCCGGUCCGUCGACCAUGAAACCGAUCGUCAAGAAGGAAGUGUCUAUGGUCAAGGAGUCGAUCAAGCGGAUCAUCACGGCAGAAGAGCUGAAGGCGCAUACUGAUCCCGAGCACCCUUGGUUUGUCGUUCGUGGGGAAGUCUACGACGGGUCCGGGUUCAUGAAGGAUCAUCCUGGUGGAGGCGAAUCGAUCUCCCUGGUAGCUGGUCAAGAUGCGACCGAGGACUUCAUGUCGAUCCAUUCGCCACAGGGAAGGGCAAUGCUAGCAGACUACCAUAUCGGUACCUUGGACGCCCGGGGCCUGAUCGAGGCCGUCUCUGCGCCACAGGAGACACAAAUCGAACCCAUCUUCUUGAACAAGACCAAGUGGAAAAAGGCGCCGCUCGUCUCGGUGAAAACCGUCUCGCACGACUCGAGGGUUUAUCGAUUCGCGCUUCAAGACAAAGACCAGACCUUGGGUUUGCCCACUGGACAACAUGUAUUCGUCAGACUGAGACGAAAAGCUCCUCGCGAGAGCAUCUCGGAGGAGGACAGAGAGAACGCCGAGUUCGAGGAGACUCGUGUAGUCGAGGGCGAGAUGGUACAGCGAGCCUAUACGCCGGUAUCGUCCGCAAGCGCAACGGGACACAUCGACCUCCUCAUCAAGCUCUAUCUCGCCAACGAGACAUGGCGAAACGGUGGCAAGAUGACGACCGGUUUCAACGAGCUGGAACUCGGAGACGAGAUCGAGUUCAAGGGUCCGUUGGGAUCAUUUACCUACCUCGAACGUGGAGUCUGUCGAUGGCGCGGGGUCGAGCGCAAGGUGAACACGUUUGGGAUGAUCUGUGCCGGUUCGGGAAUCACGCCGAUUCUUCAGGUUGUACGCGAGAUAGUCGAUGGCGAUGCUCGAUCGGGAAACAGCCACCAAGACCUGCCGAAAGUCUGGUGUGUCGAUAGUAACCGGAAAGAAGAGGAUAUACUCUGUCGCCAAGAACUGGACGGCCUUGUAGAACGGUCACAAGGACGAUUCCAACUCCAUCACGCCCUGUCUGCGCCUCCUUUCGACUGGCCAGAGACAUAUACGAAGGGUCGAAUGACCGAGAACACGCUGCGCCAGUACCUACCGCCACCUUCCGACGACGCGCUUCUGAUGGUCUGUGGUCCGGACGGACUUAUCAAUGAGAUAGUCAAACCUGGGUUGACUGCUAUUGGGUGGAAUAUCGAGACGCAAUUGGUUGUAUUUUAAAUUUGUAUCGAGUAAAAGAGCUUCAGUGGCAAAUUUGUGUUUAUCAAACUACGCUAAGAACCGACGUAUCGAAAUCGAAUCGCACUCUUGUCUCGGAUCAUUGCGGUUCCGAUCGCAAUGCGCUCCACCGAGAUACG